AGGUUAAUUGCGCACGUGACCACGUGUCUCGCCGCUUCUCACUCCCCGCCGCAAGUUCAAUCUCCAGAGUUAUCCAUUCGGUGAAAUUAGUGAUGGUUCGCGGGCAAGGUCUGCUCUGCAGCUGCGAUGGCCACCUCGCAAAAUGGCGUGAAACGGAAAAGAGGUCCAGAAGAUGAUGGGCAACUCAGUUCUCCUUCACCUUCGGCGGACGGCGCGUCAACGCCCGCGACUGAAAUCGCGAUCGCCACAACUGUCCCGACAAAGACGGACGAUGGCCCACCUUCUGACCAGGGGGUCAGGAAGGCAGUUCGUGGACGAGGGAAGCAAGGACGAAUCUCAUCCCCAAGCGUUGAGACCAGCACAAAUGGCGUCGAUAGUGACGGCCGACGCAGCAAAUCUCGCUCUGCCACGCCUAAGCCAAAGCCAAAGCCAAAGCAAAAACGAACUCCUUCCGCUCCAUGGCCAGAGACGUUCAAGCAGCUCUCAAAAACGCAUCGAGCUUUGAACCUCGUCUAUACAUUCUGCUGCACGAGGAAACAUCUCGCCACGACAUUUGAUAAGAUCAAAGGUGCUGUGGAGGCUCAGAUGGGCGGACGAAAUCUGACUGUGGAAGACAUCGCACGGGUGAAGGUGCUUGUCCCACAUGCAGUGAGGUUUGAGGUCGUGGAUGAGGCUGCCUUGGAAGUUAUGGGGGCUGGCGAAGGGGGGCGGGACGACCAUAGGUUCAUGAGAGGAAGCGGACCAAGUGCCAUUGAAGACGGAGAGAAUCUUUCAGUUAUCAACAUGGAUGCGGAUAAGGAUAGAAACGAAGUGCUACUAUUUGAAUUCCUCGAUGGGGAUCUAAAAAGACAGGUUCAGCAUCCCAAGACCGGAGAACCGACCAAGCCCACCCGCAGGAUGAGAGACGAAGAUCUCAAAAUGCCCGUCUACAGUCAGAAACAAAUGCUCGGCCUCAUUGAGAAACGAAAUAAGAAGUUUAUGGAGGCCAUCGAUGCGUUUCUGGUGAAGUGUGAAGAUGAUGGUGUAGAUCCGGUCGAGAGACUGGAGAAGGAUAAAGAAGCGCUCAUCCCUUCGAUGCCCAAUAGUGGCACUACUACGCCAGCGGUUCCGCAAUUUCCAGCUGAAAUUCCGAAAGAACGCAAGUCAAUCUCUGAGAUUAUAGCUGAGAUUAGGGAGAUGGAUUGGUAUACGGCUCAGAUUGUCCCAGAUGGUCAUAGAGUUUUCAAUCCGCAACCACCGGUCUAUGGAGAUCUGAAUUUUCAGCUUUCCCAGAACAUUGUAAACGCCCUGUAUAACACCAGAGGCAUUACAAAGUUCUAUUCUCAUCAAGCAGAGGCUAUCAAUCAUCUCUACGAAGGGAAUAAUGUCAUUGUGUCUACGUCUACGAGCUCAGGGAAAUCCCUGAUAUAUCAGGUUCCGAUGCUGCACGAAUUGGAGAAAGAUCCAAACAGUAGGGGACUGUAUAUUUUCCCCACGAAAGCGCUAGCGCAAGAUCAGAGACGCAGCAUGAGAGAUUUGCUGCAGUACAUGGACGGUCUGCAGGAGACUAUUGUGGAGACAUUCGACGGAGAUACUCCCAUGGAUGAUCGAAAUAUCAUCCGGGACGAAGGUCGAAUUAUCUUCACGAACCCAGACAUGUUACACAUCACUAUCCUUCCGCAAGAAAGCUCCUGGAGAACCUUCCUCAAGAACUUGAAAUUUGUCGUCGUGGACGAACUCCAUGUCUACAACGGAUUGUUUGGCUCCCAUGUUGCCUUCAUUAUGCGGCGGCUACGGAGGAUAUGCGCCGCCGUCGGAAAUCGCCAUGUUAGAUUCAUAUCUUGCUCUGCUACCGUUGCAAAUCCGGAAGAGCACAUGAAAGCGAUAUUUGGAGUGGAAGACGUGAAGUUGAUAGAUUUUGACGGUUCUCCAGCAGGCCGCAAGGAAUUCAUCUGCUGGAAUACCCCGUUUAAGGAUCCUGGAGACCCAACUUCGGGACGAGGGGACAGUCUAUCCGAGACAGCCAGGCUGUUUUGCCAACUCAUACUGAGAGGAGUCAGAGUCAUAGCUUUCUGCAGGAUCAGGAAGCAGUGCGAGUUACUUCUCCAGAACGUGAGAAGCGAAUUCCAGAGCCUGGAGAGACCGGAAAUUGGAAAGCUUGUGAUGGGGUAUAGAGGCGGGUACAGCCCUCAAGACCGCCGGAAAAUCGAGAAGGAAAUGUUCGAAGGGAAACUCAUGGGGAUUGUUGCAACAAACGCUCUCGAACUGGGUGUUGAUAUUGGCUCUCUCGAUGCCGUGAUAACUCUCGGCUUUCCCUACUCAAUUUCCAACCUCCGUCAGCAAAGCGGUCGAGCUGGUCGCCGUAACAAAGAUUCCUUAUCUGUCUUAGUGGGCGACAGUUUUCCCACAGAUCAGCAUUAUAUGAAGAAUCCGGAUGAGAUCUUCACAAAACCGAACUGUGAACUGCAGAUUGAUUUAACAAACGAGCUUAUCCUAGAAGGACAUAUUCAGUGUGCUGCGUUCGAGAUGCCUAUCAGGCCGGAGGAGGAUAGUCAUUACUUUGGAGAAAACCUCGGAGAAUUCGCUUCAAGCAGACUCAUCAAAGAUGGCCUGGGGUUCUACCAUUGCCACGAGAGGUUUCGUCCUCAGCCUUCUAGAUAUGUCUCGAUAAGAGAUACAGAGGAAAACCACUUUGCCGUCAUCGACACCACCAACAAUCGCAACAUUGUCCUUGAGGAAGUCGAAGAAUCGCGCGCUUUGUUCACUAUCUACGAAGGUGGCAUCUUUAUGCAUCAGGGUGAGAAGUACAUCGUGAAGGAGUUGAAUCCCGAACGGCGUUUCGCGCGUGUUGUUCGUGUUCACGUCGACUGGAGUACACAACAGCGCGACUUCACAGAUAUAGAUCCUAUCGAAACCGAAGCCAUCCGCUCCAUCAACGAUGCAUCCCGCGCCUUCUUUGGUUCUAUCCAGAUUCAUUCCGUGGUUUACGGGUUCUUCAAGAUCGACAAGCGCGGCCGCGUGCUCGAUGCCGUCGCCGUGGACAAUCCCCCAAUCGACAUCCUCAGCAAGGGUAUGUGGCUCGACGUGCCCAAACGCGCCAUGGAAAUCCUCGAGUCCAGGAGACUCAACAUCGCAGCCGCCAUCCAUGCUGCUGAACACGCGAUUCUCUCUUUGAUGCCCACAUUCGUGAUCUCUACCCCCGGUGAUGUCCGCACAGAGUGCAAAGUCUCCAAGAAGGAACUAGGCAAGAAUCUCAAGCGAGCAAACGAGUCUCGUCAUCGGUCGUCCAAACCAGACCCCAUCGACCUGCGACCUCCAGCGCGCCAAAGACCUGCGCGUCUCACAUUCUAUGAUGCCAAAGGCGGUUCCUCCGGCUCCGGUAUCGCGAGUAAAGCCUUCGAGUUCAUCGACCUCCUCCUUCGCCGUGCGCUCUCUCGCAUCGAGACAUGCACCUGUGUCACGCCGCAAGGCUGUAUCGAGUGCGUCUGCGAUGAGCGCUGUAAAGAGCAGAACGUGGUGAUGAGCAAAGCUGGCGCGGGUGUCGUGCUGCGAUGUCUCCUCGGUUAUGAUGUCGAUGUCGACUCUCUCCCCUGGGGAGAGGACUUUGAAGGGGAGGAAGGAAGUGGUGAGUUGGCGGGUGGUUAUGAGACGGUUGUCGAAGCGAGAGAGGUCCCCCUCCGUCCUGACGCGAGGAUAAUCGGAGAACGCACGAAUGAUGACCAAGCAUUAGGGCAAAGGGAAAUGGACUGACCGAUAGAUUUUGAUACCAAUGACGCCUUUAGAUGAAAAUAAUGCAUUCAUGAGAGAUAUAUAUAUAUAUACUCGAACCGUUUCGCGAGUAUUGACUAAUGAAACCCGCAGACUCAUCUGUUAUCCCCCGUCUUGGUAGGCUACCAAUCAAGUGAAAGGUUCCAUUUAAUACGUUUAAAGACAUACAUAUAUCUCAAGACGGACAUAUCAAGUAAGCCGCCAGAAUUAAUAUUAUUUCAUGUUUCCCUUGAUACCCCAAGGCAAGUCUGCUAUU